CUCAUCGACCCUCAUCAGCAUCCACAAGCUGGCGACAGCUUUUUCUGGGUUGGUUCCCGUCCGUUUUCUGUCGCCGCCGGGUCCGCAGCCAGACUUCUUGACAGGAAGACAAAAAGAUCCACUGCCCGCUGCCCAUCCCGUCGACCUCGCGGUGGAAUUUAGCAUUGAACCUGACUCGUUUGACAUACGUCAAGCAUAAGGCUCAAUUGGAGAUCCCCAGCAAGCAGCAACCACGAACCCCAUUCUCGAUUUCCUUGCUGGAAACCACCAUAGCCCUAUCGCGAUAUCCACGUUGACCAGGCAUUUCACGUCUUCGUUGCGACAACACCACAUAAUCAUCCGCCAUGGCUUCGCUAACAGCAGCUUGUCGCAUCUCUGCCAGAAUGGCAGGGCGCUCCGUCAGAGGUUUCCGUACCUCUGCCGCCGCUCUCGCCGCCCAAAACUUUACCAUGCCCGCUCUGUCGCCGACAAUGACGGAGGGCAAUAUCGCGACCUGGAGGGUGAAGGAGGGCGACAAGUUCUCUGCCGGUGACGUGUUGUUGGAAAUCGAGACCGACAAGGCCACUAUGGACGUUGAGGCGCAGGAUGACGGUGUCAUGGUCAAGAUCAUGAAGAACGAUGGCGCCAAGGGUGUUGCUGUCGGCGCCCGGAUAGCUGUUAUUGCGGAGGAAGGAGAUGACAUUAGCUCUCUCGAGAUCCCAGCCGACGCAGCCCCACAGUCCAAGCCAGCCGAGUCAGCACCCUCGGCACCUCCCCCACCGACCACCGCGGACCAGUCUAACGUUGCCGUCCCCGAAUCCGCUCCUCAGAAUGCUUCGUCCAAGUCGGCUCCCAAGCCUCCGAAGAGGCAAUACCCCCACUAUCCUUCCGUCGCCCAUCUCCUCAAGGUCAACGGCAUUGACGCCGCUGCCGUUAAGGAUAUCACCCCAACCGGCCCCGGCGGCCGUCUGCUCAAGGGUGACGUUCUUGCUUACCUUGGUAAGAUUAACGCCCAGACGCCGUCCACCGUCUCCGAGAGGUUCGAGAAGCAGUCGCACCUCGACCUUAGCAACAUCAAGGUUGCCAAGAGCACCGAGGCUGUCAAGGCCACUACCGAGAAGGCUCAGUCCAAGAAGCUGGAUGCUCCCGCUCCUCCUCCCGUAGCUGUUGUCACCGCGCCUAUUUCUCUGUCCGCCGCCAUCGAUGUUCAGAACAAGCUUCACAAAACCAUCGGCGUCUUCCUCCCUCUUUCAACCUUCAUUACCCGUGCCACCGAGAUCGCCAACCAGAAGCUACCCCUUCCCGCAAACUACCAGCCUACUGCCGAUGAGCUCUUCAACCAGGUUCUCGGUCUUGACAAGGUCACUCGCAAGGAAUCUCGCGGCUCCUAUACUCCCACGUUCGGCUCCUUCGUGGCCCCUCAGCGGGCAGCUCGCAAGGCUGAUAUCAUCGAUAUUCUCGCCGCUCCCUCCACGCGCGUUGCUGCUUCUGCUCAGAGCAAGUCCGCCGCCCCCGGAUUGACCACUUCUGGACCCAACGUCUUCAGCCUUCAGGUACCCAAGUCGGAAGAGAAGAGGGCCCAGGCCUUCCUUCAGAAGAUGAAGCUUGUUUUGGAACAGGAGCCUGACAAGCUUGUACGUGCCUAAAAAAAACUUAAUGAUCUGUUCAUUCUUUUUCAUCCUGCGCUCCCUCAAUUGCCUUUUAUAGAGAGGGAAUAAAAUGCACAUAAUGCACAUGGGGUUUACUUGCUUGACAUAUGUUGGUAUUGGAUUGUAUGGAGUAACUUGUUAGCACUAGACUUCCACUUUUAUGGCUUCAUGAUCUAGGUUCUCUACUCUUAAUGUUCGGGAGGACAACAUGCGCUUAUGUGCGGACAUCCUGGGCAUUUUUUAGUCGCGUUUCAACCGCUCGAAUAACCGAGACAUGAUUGCGUUAUGGUUGGCGUGCCUUUAGCCCAUGAGCUCUGUGCUCGACGGUAAAGUUCUCCGCUCGUAUGGAGGGAUUUGCCAGGCCAUGUUUCGGUCAUUUGAUCAGCUCGUACGUCCAACCGCCAUGCAGCUCCUGUUCAUGAGCAGGUACACUGUGACCUGAUCUUCACAGGUCAUCCGUCAAAAACUCGAGGUACGGGAGGAAAAUGAUUCAGUUCGAACUCGAUGUUGAUCAACAUCAUAAGCCAGGCCUCUGUCACACAGCGGUAAGGUAUAUUGUAUCUUGGGCUAUAAGUUUUUCUGGCCGCCAAGUACACUGGAAGACUUCAUGGCACAUAAGUGAUAGACCUCCGUAGAAGAAAGAACCAGCUUUUUUAAUCAUUUCUCUCAAGGUCUGCCACUAGAGCCUUCUGGAGGAGGCUGAGAUUGAACCACACUAUGUGCAUAUAGUGUAGGCCUCAUCUCGUUCGAGACCAUCCAUCAACUCAUCAUGUAUUCAAAAUAG